AUGUCUGGCGAGCAACAAACUGUAUUAAGACGAAGUCAACGUACUUCAACAUUAUCGAAGAGAAAACAAGAGCAAUUGUUAACAGAGCAAGCAAGGCUAACUGAAAGGCAAGCCGCACUUGAAGCAAAGAAAAAGAAAGCAAAGGUGAUAUCUGAAAAAGAUAAAAAAAAUAACACGCCGCUGACGAAUGAAGUUGCAACAACUUCUGAUAUUAUUAAAGUGAAAGAAGGAGAUUCUUUAAAUUUAGAGGAUACUCAGUCUGUUAAUACAAGUAAAAUGGAUGUAAAGAAAGAAUCUGAUAACUCGCGUGAAGAAACAGCAAGACAGGAGAAAAAAACGGCGAUUAUUAAACUUAGAAUAAAAAAUAAAGAUUUUAAUAGUAGUGUUAAUUCAAAAGGUAAAGAAACGGCGACUUAUAAAGGUAAAUCGAAAGUUGUAACAUCAACCAAAUCAAAAAAAGCAAAGAAGCAAGAGGGAACAAAAGCGCCACAGUAUGUCCCGGGUAAUAUCGAUAAACUCGCUAGUAUGCAUCCCGAUAAUUACUGGCAAUUUCAUGCGGAAAGCAACACCGGAAUGAUAAAUUAUAUUAACGUUCAAUAUCCACUUCAAUUGAUCAAUGUCGAUGUGCGAGAUCAGGGUCCUAUCACUGGAAUGACUUUGUCCCCAGAUGGAACAAUGCUCGUAACAUUUUGUAAUGUAGGAGCUGCAAGAAUUUGGGAUACAAGAGAGUUCAAAUUGAUUCAAAAAUUAAGGGACACCGAGGAAAAGAAUAUAGAUGAAUUUUUCGUCGGGAAAUUCAUUCACGACCAAACGCGUCUUGUUGUUGGUGGCAAAUUGAAAGAUCGGAACCGAUGGUCUGAGGAAGAUGACGAUAAUCACAUUUUACCGUGUCCUUUAAAGAUUUUUGAUACCAUCUCUGGAAAAGUUAUCGUAAGACUUGAAGGACAUUCCGAAGAAGUUUUAUGUAUAAAGAAUAUUUUGUUUAAGGGAGAACCCUAUUUUCUAACUACCAGUCAGGAUGGUUAUAUUAUCAAAUGGAAAUUACAAGAUGAUUGGACAACUCUCAUCAAUAAAACGCGAAUGGAAGACGGUAUUACGUGCAUGGCAUUCACUGUUUCAUUUGUUCCAAAUACUGGAAACAGAUAUUUUAUGGCUGCAACAGAUGAACAUGUUCGAUUGUAUGAUUUUGAUGCAGCACAGCUUGUACAAACAUUUUCCGGAAAUAUGUAUUCCCAAUAUUGUGACUGCGCCAAAUUUAUAUAUCCCGUUGAACCGUUGGAAGAAGAUUCAGAUUAUAACGAUAACGUACAAGAAAGUAGCAGUAAAGCUACAAAGAAACCAUUGAAACCAAAAUUUGCUUAUCUUAUUACGCGUGGUGUAGAAAUUUUGGACGCAGAAGGUGGUAAAAUAGCAUCAAGAGUUAACGUUUGUAUUUUACACAAGUUAAUUUUUCCAACGAAAAAGGGUGGAUCGUUUACACUUGAAGAAAUAAGAAGAUAUUAUCACAAAGAUUAUCAUUCUAAUUCAUGGCUCAUAAAGAUAUCUUCAAAUGGACGAUAUAUUGCUGCGCCGACUAUGGAUGGUGGAGUAUUUAUAUUCAAUUUAAGAACUGGACAAGUUACAAGUAUAUUAAGAGAUUAUGAUGACUUGGAAGUGAGAGAUGUAAUUUUUCAUCCAUGGAAACCAUUAUUAUUUACUUAUGGUUGUGUUAAAAUAUACACAUAUAGUUUUCUUGAAAAUAAUGAAUCCAAAGACGUCGAAAUUGAAAAGGAAGAUUAA